AUGUUCCUACACUUCUCUCCCCUAACCACAUUAGCUCCUCGCGGUUCUCUCCUUGUGGACGCGAUCCACCAGCUGCGGACUUCGCUGCGUGUCCUGCCGAUCCCGGCUAGCAGCUUCUCGAGUGGUCACACUAUCAUUACUGAUCCAGACUCCCAGCCGGGCAGCAGUGGAAGCACACCUGCGGUGCUCCUGGUGGUCAAAAUUUUCCUUUGUGGUCGCGAUCCACGUUCCCCCGUUCACGCUACCGUUGCGCGGUCCGUGCGUGGCCUGGAUGGUCCUCUGCACAAUCGCCAACCUCUAUCGAUUGAGCCCCGCGUCGUGCUCACGCUUCUUCCUGUCAUCUCAGAUUGCGGGCCGCCCAGCGAUUUCCUCUCCCGCGAGCUCAUCUAUAAAUUCCGCGACUCCAGACGGCGCGCGAGCGCCCGCGAAGCAACUCUAAUUCUCCGUGGCCGCCUCCCUUCUCCCGCCAUGCGUCUACAUGGCCCUCCGUGCUUCUAG